AUGGCAGCAGCACCAGGACCUGCUGCUGCUUUCAAUCCGGUUCCUCUGGCGUACCGAACAACCGGAGCAGGGACUGCAGUACCAGAUUGGCUCAACAAAGGUGACAAUGCCUGGCAGCUCACGGCAGCCACGCUCGUGGGACUGCAAUGCAUCCCCGGCCUAAUGAUUCUAUACGGGAGUGUGGUGAAAAUGAAAUGGGCCAUAAAUGCAGCAUUCAUGUCCCUGUACGCCUUCGCUGCAGUUCUCAUCUGCUGGGUCUCGUGGGCUUACAAGAUGUCCUUCGGCGAGCAGCUCAUUCCCAUCUGGGGAAAGGCAGGGCCUUCUCUGGACCAGAGAUUCCUGCUCGGCCAAGCCGACCUCCCUUCCACGGGAACGGCUUUCUAUCCUCCCCUGGCGCCUCUGUAUCCCAUGUCCACGCUCGUCUACUUCCAGUUCGUCUUCGCCGCCAUCACCCUCGUCCUCAUCGCAGGCUCUCUCCUGGGCCGAAUGAAUUUCCUAGCCUGGAUGAUCUUCGUGCCCCUCUGGCUCACCUGCUCUUACUCCGUCGGGGCGUUCAGUGUCUGGGGCGGCGGAUUCCUCUUCCAGUGGGGCGUCAUCGACUACGCUGGCGGCUAUGUCAUUCAUCUCUCAGCUGGGGUCGCCGGCUACGUUGCUGCUUACUGGGUGGGGCCGAGACUGGAGAAGGACCGAGCCAACUUUCCUCCGAACAACGUGCUUCUGACUCUGGCAGGAGCUGGACUGUUGUGGCUGGGAUGGAACGGGUUCAAUGGUGGAGCACCAUAUGCGGCCAACGUAGUCGCGUCCAUGGCUGUGCUCAACACGAGCAUCUGCGCUUCGACCAGCUUGAUCGUCUGGACGAGCAUCGAUGUGCUGGUGUUCAAAAAGCCGUCGGUCAUCGGAGCCGUCCAGGGGAUGAUCACCGGCCUCGUCGUCAUCACUCCGUCUGCAGGUACCACCUUCUGUGAAGCUCCUCGUGCAAACAUCACCACCCGCGGCCUUUUUCAUUUCCUGCUGAACGCAGACUUUAUCUGA